AUGCGAUCGUGCUCUUUGAUUAGUCGGAGUGCAGAGGUGUGUGAUGGAGACUGUGUGCGAUGCACGCGCCGCUCCUCGCCCUUCACCAGAGCCGGCCCCAGCCCCGUCACCAUGGCAACUGCUUUAAAGCCACGGGAGGACAAAGAUGGCAGCCGUCCGUCCCCCUCCUCACCAGUCUAUUGGACUGGCAUUGUGGUGUAG